AUGACUUCGAAGCCAUCAAAGAAAGAAUUAAAGAAGGCAAAGGCCGAAGCAGAGAAGCAAAAGACACAAAUGCUCAACACCAAACGCCGUGUUCUUGAAGAUAGCCGUGCUGUAGCGAAUUUGAUGGAUCUUAUUCCUUUCCUUCAGAAUUUCAAUCAUGAGUUAUUCAAUGCUCAAAUAAAAUCAUUCAAUAAGGUCCCAGAAGAGUAUGAACUAUGGAUGUUCAAUAUGAUCACCCAGAAUAUGGAAAAAUUCUAUGAAAAGGCAUGGGGAUGGGAUGCAGAGGUCAAGGAAGCAGAGCUAUACCACGAAGAUUCAAGGUUUUUGAUCGCAUUUUACAGAGACCAUCCAAUUGGUUUUGUUCAUUUCAGAUAUGAACUUGACACAGGAGAGUUAUCACUUUUCAUUUAUGAUAUCCAUGUCACCGAAGAACUCCGCCGCCAAGGCUUAGGCAAGUUUUUACUCCAAGCCGUAGAAUUCAUUGGCCUCAAACUUGGCUAUGACUCUGUUAUUGUUUCUUGCUUCAAGGAUUGCACGGUUGGACGCCAAUUUUUCAAUAAGUACAACUAUAAGCUUCACAAGCAAUCUCCAGCUAUCGCCGACCCAGAAAAUGAGUUUGAAUAUCACCAUGAACUCCUAUUCAAGCCCCUCAAGAAGCAAUAG